AUGGCUAACGACCUUGUUCAAGCUCGCGAUAACUCUCAAGUCUUUGGUGUUGCCAGAAUCUACGCCUCCUUUAACGAUACCUUUGUACAUGUUACCGAUUUAUCUGGUAAGGAAACUAUCGCCAGAGUUACUGGUGGUAUGAAAGUCAAGGCCGACAGAGACGAAUCAUCUCCAUACGCUGCUAUGUUGGCUGCCCAAGAUGUUGCCGCUAAGUGUAAGGAAGUCGGUAUCACUGCCGUUCACGUUAAGAUCAGAGCUACUGGUGGUACCAGAACCAAGACCCCAGGACCAGGUGGUCAAGCCGCUUUGAGAGCUUUGGCCAGAUCUGGUUUGAGGAUUGGCCGUAUCGAAGACGUUACUCCAGUCCCAUCAGACUCCACCAGAAAGAAGGGUGGUAGAAGAGGUAGAAGAUUAUGA